GUGACAUUAUAAAGAGAUGUAGACUUUUGAAAUGUUCUUUGACCAAAAUGCAUAAUCAAUGAGCAAUUUUUGUUAAAACCAUUCUCGUAAGCUACCAAGGCUACCUGACAUAUAAGUUUCUUUGUAUGUUUCAAUGCAUGACUUUUCUUUCAUUGUCCAUUCCUGUCCAUGAGAAUUUAGAUAUUUUUCUGAGAUUCAUUUUUAUUUAUAUUCUUCUUAUUCUGAUUUUACAGUAUUCAAGGAUCUUGAAAUCAAUAUUUCUAUUGUUUACAGUGUGACGUUUGGACUUUGCCAAAGGAAAUGUUGGCAACACAUCCAUGUUGGAAGUUGUUUUUGUUUGCAACUUUCAAUAUCUCCGGUUAUUCCCACUUCAUUUUUGAUUUCGAAUUUAUUGCUUUUAUCAAAUACUAGAUAAAAAAUCUUGAUACUUUCAGACUCAGCUACCUGAAUAUUAAAAUUAUUACUUUCAUCUCCUUCAGGUUUCAGUUUUUAAUCAUACUAUGUGCAAUAUACUUGUUCUUGGAAGCUUGAACAUGGAUUUGGUCAUGCAAACCAAAUUCUGCCCUGCAGGAGGCCAGACAAUGCAUGGUGAACCAGAUGGAUUUCAUACUGGAGCUGGCGGUAAAGGUGCAAAUCAAGCGGUAGCAGUAGCUCGGUUAUCAAAUCCUUCUGACACAAGAGUUUGCAUGACUGGAUGUGUCGGUGAGGAUGUCUUUGGUCAGGAUAUGUUACGAGGCCUUAAGCAAGAUAAUGUCGACGUUGAGGCAGUUAAAGUCAUUCCUAACAAGUCAUCCGGCGUUGCAAUGAUUAUUGUAGAAUCUAAUGGAGAAAACAGGAUCUUACUGUCUGAGGGGGCAAAUAGCUGCGUCAAUGUUUCCUUUGUGGAGGAAUUAGAAGAAAAAAUUCAACAUAGUGACCUGUUGAUCUUACAACUUGAAAUUCCACUUCCUUCUGUUCAAAAAGCAGUAGAGUUGGCUCACAAACAUAAGGUUGAUGUUUUGUUAAACCCAGCUCCUGCCAUCUCUUUAUCUGUUGAGCUUUUGCAACAUGUUAGUUAUUUGGUUCCCAACGAACAUGAAGCAGCUGUCUUGUUAGGAUGCCCAGAUACUCCACCGACAGUACAAACCGCCGAAGAAUAUGCUGACAAACUUUUAGCUAUGGGUAUUCAAAAGGCGGUUAUAAUUACCCUAGGAAGUGAAGGUGCGUUUUACAAAACGAAGGCGGGAGAUAGCGCCCAUAUUCCUGCCCAAAAGGUUCAACCCAUAGAUACUACUGCUGCUGGUGAUACAUUUAUAGGCGCUUUUGCAACCUCAAUCUCCCAUAACAAACCUUUGAAGGAAUCCCUUCAAUUCGCAGCCCGAAGCAGUGCUAUUACCGUACAAAGGAAGGGAGCGGCCAAUUCUAUUCCUACUUACACGGACAUUCAAAAUAUUCUACCAUAAAUUUAAACUUUUGUUCUUAUUUCUUUGACAGAGUAAGAACGUAAAUGUCGCGUGCUUUUGGGCGUGUUACGAUACUC